UUUGAGAUGUGGACAUAUGCCACGUGUACAUAGACAUUAGUUUGUCAAAUCUAACGAUCAACGACCGUAACAGGUUUCGGGUCAAGUUCCGAAUCCGGUUCCUGUUUGUCUACCACCUUCCCAGUUUCAUCAAUGGCAAUGAUCAUCAUUGCAUCUCAUUUUCAUCAUAUUAUUAUUCUCUCCUUUUUAUUUUACUGUCACUUUCCCUACUUUAAAUCUUGUUUUUUCUUCAUAAUAAUUCUGUUCCACAUUAUCCAUUUCAAUUGCAAACUGAGCUGCUCUUAAUUUUAACAAAAGUCCAGCUCCAAUUCUGAAUUGAUCACCGACCCAUUUGGGUUUUCUUUAUUAAUUGUAAAUGUAAAUGUCAUAUUUGCAAAUUUGUUGAGGAUCCAUUGAAACAUUUUAGGGAUCAAUUGGGGUACAUCCAAGGGGUUUUGGAUGCAAUUGAUAGAGAUACAGCGCCAUUAGAUGGCGCUGUUCAGACGAUUCUUCUAUAGGAAGCCGCCGGAUCGGCUUCUAGAGAUCUCUGAACGGGUCUAUGUGUUUGAUUGUUGCUUCUCAACGGACGCAUUGGACGAAUAUGAGUACAAGACAUACAUGGGAGGGAUUGUAGCUCAGCUACAGGACCAUUAUCCAGAUGCUUCUUUCAUGGUUUUUAACUUCAAAGAAGGAGAUCAGAGGAGCCAAAUAUCAGAUAUAUUAACGCAGUAUGAUAUGACUGUCAUGGAUUAUCCUCGGCGGUAUGAGGGGUGUCCUGUAUUGCCACUGGAGAUGAUCAAGCACUUCUUGAGAUCCAGUGAGAGCUGGCUUUCACUCGAGGGCCAACAAAAUGUGCUGUUAAUGCACUGUGAGAGGGGAGGGUGGCCCGUACUUGCUUUCAUGCUGGCUGGCCUUCUUUUGUACAGAGAACAGUACACUGGUGAGCAGAAGACUCUUGACAUGGUAUACAGGCAAGCUCCUAGGGAACUUCUUUAUGUUUUAUCACCUCUGAAUCCACAGCCGUCUCAGCUUAGGUAUCUUCAUUAUAUCACCAGAAGAACUAUUGGCUUAGACUGGCUGCCAUCAGAUAUACCUUUCGCUUUAGAUUGUAUCAUACUCAGGGUCCUUCCUCUAUUUGAUGGUGGGAAGGGCUGCCGACUGGUGGUUCGUGUCUAUGGUCAGGACCCUGCUUCAACAACGUCCAAUAGGAGUUCUAAACUCCUUUUUUCAACUUCAAAGACAAAACAACAUGGCCGCCUCUACCGACAGGAAGAGUGUGCGCUAGUGAAAAUAGAUAUCCACUGUCGUGUCCAAGGAGAUGUUGUUCUUGAGUGCAUCCAUUUGGAAGAUGACCUAGUUAGGGAAGAAAUGAUAUUCAGAGUUAUGUUUCAUACGGCAUUUAUUCGCUCAAAUGUUUUAAUGUUAACUCGUGAUGAAGUUGAUGUCCCAUGGGAUGCAAAAGACCAAUUUUCUAGGGAGUUCAAAGCAGAGGUACUUUUUUCGGAUGCUGAUGCUGUUCCAUCUAUUAUCACCGUAGAAGCGCCAGAUGAAGAUGAUAAUGAGACUGAAGGUGAUUCACCAGAGGAGUUCUUUGAGGUGGAAGAGAUAUUCAGUAAUGUUAUUGAUGGACCGGAUGGAAGAGGGGAAUCUGAUGCCCAUUCAGUUCAGGACAGUAUGCAGGAUGACGAUAGCACUGAAAUAUGGAAAGAGGAGUUGGAGCAUCAUGCUUUUCAAGAUAGUGCAUUUAUUGAUGUUAAUCGCAAACAAGAGAGAAAUGCAGAUUCUACUCAACAAGCAUCAAAAACAAAUGGUUUAGCGCAUAAUGACGACUUGAUAAACUCCAAGGCUGUGAUUUCUGAUGUUUCUAGCGACAAGGACUCUAAAGCAGGAACACAUGGGGCUAGUGUCAUAUCAGAAGAAGUGGAGAAUAAACAAGAUAUAGAAGGCACUUUUAGACAGGAGAGGCAGGGUUCACAACAGAAAUUGACUACUGAUAUCAGUAAAGGAAAGAAUGAAAAGGCACCUUCAUCUCUAAAGAAACAGCUCGUAUCCAACUCCAAACUUGCUGUUGAUGGGAUUGGACCUAAAGAUAAAUCUAAACAAAAGGAAUCUCAGGGCACUCUGUUGCGACUAGCAAAGCCAAAUGCAGUAUCUCGGUGGAUCCCUUCUAAUAAAGGUUCUUACACUAAUUCAAUGCAUGUGGCAUAUCCACCAUCAAGGUAUAAGAGUGCUCCACCUGUGCUUGCUGUUACCAAGGAUUCUCAAUCUGGGUUAAAAUCAAAAUCGUCAUCUCCUCGAGCUUCUUCAGAAGCUAAAAUUCCAGCUGGAGCAGGUCGUGUUCCAAAGAAGCACUCUUCAUGUCCAGCAUCAUUAGAUAUGUCAACAGUCAAGGAGGCACCUGUUGCAAUGACCUCUUCAUCAGAAUCAGUUGAAAGCCAGGCAUAUGACCUUCAGGAAUCCCCUCAAAGUCCCCUACCUUCUUCACUGCCUUCAUUUCGAUAUCCAAGCACUUCAUCACUUGAAUUGCCUCCUAUUCAGGAAGCAAGUAAUAACCUACCAGAUUCUGCAACGCUACCCGUGUCUUCGUUGGAAACCGAUAUUACAACGGAUUCUUUAUCUCACCUAUCUCCAAGACCUCCAGGUGGUGGACCUCCCCCACCGCCACUAUUUGGCGCUAAAGGACCUGGGGCAGCCGGCAGAGGAAUUCCUGCUGGGAGAGCUCCAAUACUUUCACGGACAAGAUCUAAUUUAAAGCCAUUGCACUGGAGCAAGGUAACCAGGGCACUACAGGGAAGCCUAUGGGAGGAACUACAGAGACAUGGAGAGCCUCAAAUUGCACCAGAGUUUGAUGUGUCAGAAAUUGAGGUUCUUUUCUCUGCCACCCCCAAGUCAAGUAGUUCGGGUAAAUCUGGAGGACGGAAGAAGUCUGCUGAAUCUAAACCGGACAAGGUUCAUCUGGUUGACCUAAGAAGGGCGAAUAAUACUGAGAUUAUGCUCACAAAGGUGAAAAUGCCACUUCCAGACAUGAUGGCAGCUGCACUGGCAAUGGAUGAGUCUAUUUUAGAUGCAGAUCAGGUGGAGAAUCUUAUAAAGUUUUGUCCUACAAAAGAUGAGAUGGAUCUUCUUAAGGGUUACACUGGUGACAAAGAGCUUCUCGGAAAGUGUGAACAGUUCUUUUUGGAGUUGAUGAAGGUGCCACGAGUAGAGUCGAAAUUAAGAGUGUUUCUCUUCAAGAUUCAGUUCAAAUCUCAGGUGACAGACUUCAAGAAAAGCUUAACCACUGUGAACUCUGCAUGCGAAGAGGUCCGAAAUUCUUCCAAAUUGAAGGAAAUAAUGAAGAAAAUUUUGUUUCUAGGGAAUACGUUAAAUCAGGGAACUGCCAGAGGUUCUGCCAUUGGAUUUAAGUUGGACAGUCUAUUGAAGCUCACUGAUACACGUGCUACUAACAACAAGAUGACACUCAUGCAUUAUCUUUGUAAGGUUCUUGCUUCAAAGUCACCAGCACUUUUAGACUUCCAUGAAGAUCUUGUAAGCGUGGAAGCUGCAUCAAAGAUACAAUUGAAGUCUUUGGCUGAAGAAAUGCAAGCAAUCAUCAAGGGGCUGGAAAAAGUUAAGAAGGAACUGGAGGCAUCUGAGAAUGAUGGCCCCGUGUCUGAAAUUUUUUGCAAGACCUUAAAGGAAUUCAUUGGUGCGUCUGAAGCAGAGGUUGGCUCUCUCAGGGAGUUGUAUUCCGUGGCGGGCAGAAAUGCAGACGCACUUGCACUAUAUUUUAAUGAGGAUCCUGCCAAAUGUCCAUUUGAACAAGUCACCGCAACCCUCUUAAAUUUUGUGAGGUUGUUCCGCAAAGCCCAUGAAGAGAACUUGAAGCAGGCUGAACUAGAUAAGAAGAAAGUUCAGAAGGAAGCCGAAACAGAGAAUGCGGAAGGAAGUAACUUAACAAAGAAGGGUGAGAAGUAAAUAGGGAUGAUUCAUUCUUCAGGGAAUUUUUGGUGUCAUGUAUUGGCCUUCAUCCGUUGGUUAACUGUCGUGUUGACUAAGGACAAUGGUCUUAAGUCAAACCAGAAGCCUCCAAUAUUAAUCUAUUGGCUUUGGCUUUCUCUGGGUUCAAGAAAGAAAGUCCAAUACUAAAAGCUUGUGAACCUGGAAAUGCAAUGAAGUGCUUUGCAGAGGGAAACUGAAAAAGAGACAUUCCCGUCCGGGCUCUUGGAGUGACUUGCAGAGAGAAGCUGAAGACAACACGCUGUUGUCUGAGCUCUUGGAUGAUGCAAGCAAUCCAUUGGUCUAAGAAUCGAUCACCUGGAUUUUGUUAUUGACGGGUGAUCAUGACUGCUGUCCCUUCUGGAGUGUGCUGCAUGAUUAAACAGAACAUUGCAUCUAAUAAUGCAAAUUUGGGUAUGCAUUUGCUGAACCAACAUGAUGGAGCUGUCGUUGGUGCAAAUGUAGUUACAUGCGGAGUUGGCAUUCACCAUGAUGCAUGCAGAUUAUGCCAUACAAACUGUAAAUUGCAAGUGUAACAUGGGUAGUUUGUACAAAGCCCCAACCCCUGUAUUUAGAGAUCAAGUUGAUUCUUUUCAUUGUAACAUAGAAACAGGUUCCUGGUCAGUAUUUGAUGGGAAUCCAAUACGGAAAAUUGUACAGAAAACAUAGAAGAGGAUAGAGUUAGGUAUUUUUAGCAAUAGCAAUGUAACAAAAUGUAGGCUGUGGGAUAAGUUCCCACUUUUCUUAGAGUCAAAUUUGGCUAUAAUAUGAUAUAUUCAUUCA